AUGGCUACCAUGGUUCAAAAGCCCAUCUCCAACAUCGCUGCGGCCUUUGCUGCUCAGCAGGCCUCCUACAACAUCCCCGUUCCCCACGACGGCGUCCUCGCGGCCUCGACAGCCGCUCUCCCCACGCCUCCGUCGUCGAUAUCCCCCACGCUCUCCGCCCACAAGCGCAGGCCGGCCAUGCCAAUCGCCGGGAGAGUAGACACGCCCGAAACCAUGGACUUCGACCUGCAGGACGCGGUUGAGCACGCUGCGGCGCAAGACCAGCCCUCGGCCUUGUCCAAAGAGGCGCUCGCCGGCCUCGACGCCACGCGUCAGAUCACGGCCGCCAUGUUGGCCAAACACCACUUGCCUGCCAUCAUUGUCGGCCACGGCGCCAUGCCCAUCCGCGAGAUGAUGGCACACCUCACUCACUCGGUCCCCGGCUUCUCUGGACUGGCACCCGCCAAAGCGAGGCGGCUCGUAGUCGCAGCGCUGGAACACCGCGCAGGUGGCGGUAUGCAUGGUGAGGUCAAGUUUGAAAAGGUUGGCUGGGGCAGGUGGAGCGUCGCGGGUUCGUCGCAGCCUCGCGGUGGCAGUGGAGCAACACCACCAGCCAGCGUGGGCAGCACUGCGAGCGGACUGCAAAUCCCCAAGCUGCGCCAGGAGCGCGACACGUACCAGGGCAGCUGGAAUGCUGGCUCGUGGUCGCCGCCUCACAAGAUGGACGAAGACGAAGAAAUGGCCGAUCAAAUGUCGCUGGACGGCUCCGACGACAGCGCCGACUCCGACUCCGCCUCCGACAUGGACCUCGGCGAAGAUCUGGAUGAUGACACCGACCAAGAAGACUGGUCCACGAUGGGCCCACAGGUUUCGCGGGAGACCCGCCGCGGCCCGCGUCGCGAACACCGUGACUACAACUACCUAAGCCGCACGCAGUCGAGCAACCCGCGCUUCCGCAGCACCUCGACACAAGGCCACUCGCUGCCGCAAGGCGGAUUCCAGGGUUAUACUUCGUCUCGCACCCCGGUCAUGAGUGGCACCCCUCUUCCGUCUCUCAAAUUUACUGCAUCUCCUGGAGUCAGUGGUUCAGGCGCUGAGCGCGAUGCAAUCGAAGCCCUCAUCGCUAUGGGCUCUAUGCCUCGCAGCUAG